AUGACAGCAAAAACAUCAUGUGCUGUCGACGGCUGCAAAAAGCCCGUCGCAUGUUUGUGUCAUCAUUGUAAAGAAAAUGUUUGUUCAAAACAUUUCAACGAACAUCAAACACAAGUUCUUAAUGAAUUAGGGCCGUUGAGUGACCGUCUAAAUGAGUUGAAAAUGCUUUUAUGUGAUACAGAAGCGGCAAAUGGACCGUUGAUAGAACUGAAGAUAUGGCGUGAGGAAAGAUACAAGGAAAUCGAUCGAAAAUACAACGAAAAAGUUAAAGAGUAUGAGAGAAAACUAGGCAAACAAGAUGAAGAAGUAUCAAAACUAAUGACGAGAAUCGGUGAGCUUACUAAUGAAGGUGAUGUGUCGUUUGAUCAAGUAGAGCAGUUAAAAGGAGAAAUUGAAAGAGUGACAAAUCAAGUACACUUGCUAACAACUGGAGAGCGAAGAAAUAUUCCUUCUGGUAAUACCACAACUGAUCGAGUUUUGCUAAAUACUUAUGUUCAACUUGGCCAUUCGAAAUGCUUGAUCAAAGACAAAGUAUCGUGUGCUGGUGAGGAUUUCUAUGCGAUGGAAAGCGAUAUGUCAUUAACGGGAUAUGAUGGAGUGUGUCCUCGUUGUGGAAAAUCACACACACCAUUGAAAAAAGGUCGAGGAUUUUACGUUUCUUGUCAAACUCUUCAUGAACGAUUAACAAAAAUAUCAAAUUCCGAAUGA